UAACGGUUGCGGAAGGAGCUGUCAUUUGCUUUGGCUUCGUCCAAGCUUUGGUUUUCCCGACAAAGCCGAUAGGAAUUAAACGACAAAUGUAACCGUUUCACAGAGGGCCACAAUGGGAAUUACACUGAGACACGUUGUUGGUGUCAAGCCGUCGAAAGCGCUCCUGCUGUUGCCUUUUCUGUUGACAUUCGUGCUCGUCGGGAGCCAAGGCGAGAGCAAUUCAAUGGACAACGUCGCAACAGAGAGGAUGGCUGAGGAGAGCCACCGGCAGGACAGUGCCAAUCUUCUCAUAUUCAUAAUGCUCUUAACACUCACCAUUUUAACUAUAUGGUUGUUCAAACACCGACGAUUUAGGUUCCUACACGAAACUGGACUCGCCAUGAUCUAUGGCCUGUUGGUGGGUGUGAUCUUGCGGUUUGGCAUCCACGUGCCACAGAGCAUGAGUGACUUGAUCCUCAGCUGUGCCGUCAACGCCAGCCCUGCCACUCUGUUGGUCAACGUCAGCGGCCGAUUCUACGAGUACACCCUGAAGGGGGAAGUCAGCCGGAGCAAAGGUCACCAAGUGCAAGAUGAUGAGAUGCUGAGAAAGGUGACCUUUGACCCAGAAGUGUUUUUCAACAUUUUGCUGCCUCCCAUCAUCUUCCACGCUGGUUACAGUCUGAAAAGGAGACAUUUUUUCAGGAACAUCGGCUCCAUCUUGGCCUAUGCUUUCAUGGGAACAGUUAUAUCGUGCUUUGUUAUCGGGUUGGUCAUGUAUGGCUUUGUGUCCUUCAUGAAAGUUGUGGGUCAGCUAGGGGGAGAUUUUUACUUUACUGACUGCCUCUUCUUUGGGGCAAUCGUUUCGGCAACAGACCCAGUGACAGUGCUGGCUAUCUUCAAUGAGCUCAAGGUGGAUGUGGACUUGUAUGCUUUGCUCUUUGGGGAGAGUGUACUCAAUGAUGCUGUGGCCAUCGUCCUUUCUUCCUCAAUUGUGGCGUACCAGCCUGCGGGAGACAACAGCCACAGCUUUGAGGCCAUGGCCAUGUUGAAAUCUUUUGGUGUCUUCCUGGGUGUCUUCAGUGGAUCCUUUGCACUCGGAGUCGCCACUGGAGUCAUGACCGCCCUCGUGACCAAGUUCACAAAGUUGAGGGACUUCCCCUUGCUGGAGACAGCUCUCUUUUUCCUCAUGUCCUGGAGCACUUUCCUGUUGGCUGAGGCCUGCGGGUUCACAGGUGUAGUAGCUGUGCUGUUCUGUGGGAUCACUCAGGCUCACUACACCUACAACAAUCUCUCCCCUGAAUCUCAGGACAGGAGCAAACAGUUGUUUGAGCUUCUGAACUUCCUGGCAGAGAACUUCAUCUUCUCCUACAUGGGUCUGACUCUCUUCUCCUUCCAGUCACAUGUCUUCAACCCUUUGUUCAUCAUUGGAGCCUUUGUGGCAGUGUUUCUGGGGAGAGCAGCAAACAUCUACCCCUUGUCCUUCCUGCUCAACCUGGGCCGCAAGAACAAGAUCGGGUCCAACUUUCAGCACGUCAUGAUGUUUGCAGGUUUGCGUGGAGCGAUGACCUUUGCUCUUUCCAUCCGAGACACAGCAACAUAUGCUCGUCAGAUGAUGUUUUCAACCACCCUCCUAAUUGUCUUCUUCACCGUCUGGGUUUGUGGUGGGGGCACCACACCCAUGCUGUCUUUCAUGAGCAUACCGGUGGGUGUGGACUCUGAUCAAGAAACCACUAGUUCUGCAGUGUUGGAUGGGUCACAGCGGAGGAACACCAAACAUGAGAGCGCCUGGCCCUUCAGGAUCUGGUACAACUUUGACCACAACUACCUGAAACCGCUCCUCACUCACAGUGGUCCUCCUCUCACUGCUACUCUGCCUGCUUGCUGUGGACCGCUGGCACGAUGCCUCACCAGCCCACAGGCCUAUGAGAAUGAAGGUCAGCUGCAUGACGAUGACUCUGACUUCAUCCUGAACGAUGCCAAUGUGAGCUCCAUGUAUGCCGAUGUCACCGUCAGCACGGACGCGUCCGGAUCCCACAUGUUCAACCGCAAGCGCUCCUCCACCACCAGCACCGGGGGUGGCCCGUCCGAUGAAGGUCUGGAUCACGAGCUCGCCCUGGCGGAACAUGAAGUGGCAAUCAGGGGCACCCGCCUGGUCCUGCCAAUGGAUGACCCAGUGGAGCCGCCGACCACCGUCACCUUGCCUCCGCCACCAUCCCCGCCACGCUCCGACCCUCGGAGGCACAGACUGUAAGAAAGGUUUCACUGUCAGGAUGCAGUCUGUUUCCAAAAUCUUAAAUCAUCUAAGCUGUUUUGUCCAAUGUUGACGCAGCCGCUCCUCUUGUCUAAUAUUUUUUAAAUAGUCUCAGCUUUCUGACAAACUUUAGGUGCGCUUGAUGUAACUCACCCUUGAGGUGGAUUACUGUAAUCUUGAAUGUGAAUGCACUGUAUGUAAGGUAAGGUACUGUAAAUUUAAGUUUAUUGGUUACUUAAAAUCUUUCAAGAUGCAUAUUUAGCUAACUAAAAAUGGGGUGGUACUGUUUGCUCCCAAGUUUAUACUGCUGUGGCAAUAUGCCAUGUUCUAAAAGCCCCAAACACCCUCUGACUCUGAGACCCUCAAACACUUUAAUAUGCAGUUUACCCUUUUCUCUGUGGUGAAACUGCUCCUGACAAACAGUCCUGUAUCCGUCUAGCUUCCAUGAGCUAUUUGUAUGAUGACCUGCUGUAUCUAACAUUUAGGGCCUGAAAUGCUGCCCUGUUAACACAUACUAACAUUAAGUGCUGUUGAGGAGCAUUUGGACUACAGUUACAUUACUAAUCUCACUAGUGUAUCUGCAGAGGGGUUGACCUGACCUCGAGUUAUCUUUCCCUGCAUCCUGUGUGUUUACCUCCUGCUCAGUUGGUGGAGGAGGUUCAAAGAGGUGAAACCAGGGAUUUUGAUUGGCCAAGAAGGAAGCAACAAGACUAGGACACUGACAUCUGUGAUGGGAGCAAUACUGGAUUUUUAAUUUUAAAAUACAACAAAUAUUUUCUACAGCAAGAUAGUGGGCAAAUUAGAGCUGCAGCGGAUAGCCAAUUCAUCGAUUAGCUAAACUUAAUUGGUGAACUGUUCUGACAUUCCAGUCAUUCGAUCAGUUAUCUCUUACAUAAUCAUAAUUUUUCAGGUUAAAAUGCCAAACGUUUUCUGGUUUCAGCUUUUUAAAUGUGAGUAUUUGCUACUUUUGUUCUGACAGUAAAUAAAAUAAAAAAUAUUGUUGGGCUUUGGACUGUUGGUCGGACAAAACAAAUUGAAGACAUUACCCUGAACUUUUUUGCACAGUUGUCUUAUAGGCUAGACAAUUAAUUGAACAUUCAAAAAGAAAAAAAGCUGUCAGAUUAAAGAGAGUAAUCUUUGGUUGCAGCCCUAAGGUACUGCAGAUACUAUAAGGUCAAAAACACAACCAAAACACUCAAACUGCUUCCACAACAGUGUCCGGGAGCGUCUCCGUUAUCUUAAAUUUUAGCACUGCCUCUUCUCUCCUUGAACAGUCUUUUAACAUAUUGAUUUAUUUAUUUAACACAAAAUGACUUAUUUAUGAUUUAUUGAUUGAUAUGAUUUAUUUUAUUUGUUUGUAUUUAUUUAUUUAUUGUUUUGUAGUGUGAUAUUAAUGAUUAUCUGGCCCUGUUCUUAGUAGAACUGCUUGGCUGUCAUUACGAACCUUUUCCUAAGAAGCAUUAUGACUCUUUCCAUUGAAGGUACAUUGUACUGCAUGGAAGCCAUGAGGGAGGUGGAUAUUCAUUCCAGGAGUUUGUCGUCCUCUACAGUGUGUGCAUGUUAAAAAAUAUCUCCUUCCCAUACUGUAGCAAAUGCCUCUACUUUAUACUCGGAAACUAGAGCUUCCCUGUGUGUGCAUUUUACAUGUAUGUAUGUGUGUGUGUGUGUGUGUGGCUGAUCUGGCCAAAUCUACUGAUGUGGUUAUUAGGGCUAAUGUCUGUUUUGGGGUUUUCUGUCAUCAACUGGUUUAAUCGUCUUUCUUCCAAAAAAAAAGAAAGAAAAAGAAAAAGUUAACUGCUGUGUAUUUGUGAUGUAUCAUCAAAGAUGACUCUGAGGGCUGGCUGAACUGUUUUGAAUUAAAGUGCCUAUUCAGAAAUUCAAUUACCUAAUGUAGAUUUGUAUAUAUUUGAUUUGCUAAUGUGCAGUAAGAUGAUCUUUUUUGGUUUUUAUAUAACACUAAACCUUUUGAUGUUUAAUAUUGUAUUCCCAGGAUAAUUGGGCCAUUAGGUGACUGCCUGCAAUUUACUAUUUGUUUUUAGAGUGCAGACUAAAGUAUUGUACUAAUUAAUGGAAAAUAGCACUAAUAUUUUGUCUGAUAUAGCCAUGUUGUGAACAGUGUACUUAUGGAAAAUGCAUACUUUGUCAAAAAGUAUAUGUGGCUUUUUAAGUUAGCAAUUAACAAUUAGGAGCAGAAUUUGAAUUUGAAGGUCAAGGAAAAGAUUAUAGUACAAAAGAGCAUGUCACCGACCUUUUAUUGAUGCUUUGUUUCGUCUUGUUUUGCAUCCUUUUUGGCAACCAACCUCGUCUGCUUUGUUCCCAGCCUCAGAUAUUUUGCACAGUGGCAUCUCCUAAGAUCCUUGUUUGUCCUGUUUCCUGCUGAGCUAGCCCAACAGAGGUAGAAAUUAAUUCCCAGUCAAAAUUACAUUUUCAAAUAUGAAAAUGUUUGUUUUCAUUUUGUCAAGCUGCACAAGUGUUGUCACUUUGAUCUUCAAGCAGUAUCCUUAAUAUGAGGUUUGAGUAUUAUCAUCUGGGGACACUGACCUGAGUGAAUCUGCUUUUUUUUUUCUUCCAGUAAAGUACCAUUUGAUUUUCAUUUGUUGCUAAAAUGCAUUUGAACCAUAAACAAACAUACUUCGUUUAUGUGGAAAUCUUGAACAAACAAUUGUAAUCUUAUAAUAGCAGCCACAACUAAAACUAAACAUCUGAAAAUGUUAAGACUGUGUUUCUACUGUUUGCAGAGACUGUUCAUGACAGUUGUAUUUGUGAAAAGUACACCUGCAAUAGUGUUUUUAAAAUGUGAAUUUAUGUUGAGGGGAAAAAUAAUCUGAGAUUACUGAGAUCAGUUGAUUAAAUGAGUCACGUCUGGUGUUGGAAUAAAAACCUGCAGCCACAUG